AUGCCACAGGAAAUUCAGUCAAAAUCUCAACGUACAGUGGUUCAUCCACUAACAUUUAGUGGUCUAAAAGACGUUCUUGUUGAAACGUUAAAAAAUGAUCAACAAUUACAAACACAAGUGGCUGCCAUAGUCAGUUCUAACAAUAGUGAUGUAUCAAGCUCAGCCAAAGAUAUUAUUGAUGUUAUGUAUCAAGGAGUCUUAAAAGAAAUUGGUCAACGUCUGGGUGCAUUAGAAAGACAAACCGAUGCAUUAGAAAAGAAAACAGAUAGAACUAUAUAA